UUUUUAAUUCAAAAGAAAAUUCAUAGAUGAAAUCAAAUUUGAGAAGACACGAAAUGCAACAUGGACUUCAUUUUGGAUACGACAGUCCUUUAAAAGCACGUCAGGAAAAAACAGCAACUUUUUAAAAAUGCAGCAACUGCCAAACUAAACAACGUAAAUAUGUCAGAAACUGUUAUUUGCCAUAACUUUACAACAAAGUUAACGCACAAUAGUUGCCAAUUUUGAUAAAUGAUUCAACUUAUUUUUAAAAAAUACAAUAAAAACUAGAAAAUAUAAACUAAAACACUUUUUAUAAGUAACGUAACGCCAAUGAACUACAUCAACAAAUGCUCAAAAUGAAGAGCUCCGCAUAGAUAGUUUGACUGCAGUUGAAAAAUUGUGCUGAGCUUGUGCAAAAAGUGGUAGAAAAAACUUCACAAGUGCAAUUUUUGACGCGUUGCAGUCAAACAAGUUUGAAGCUCUUAAAGAAAAAUCUAAUUGAUUAAAAAAUAUCGACUAACAAAUUUAUUAGGUUGGUAACAUUACAACAAUGCAGAGGAAUUGCAACUAUCCGAAAGCCGUAACACAUACACAAGCAGCGCUGCCAACAAAAGCAACAACGGUGUCUAACAGAGUACAGAAUUGUCGCCGUGUGAAUUUGCUGUUAUUUACAGAAUUGUAUCACAUAACUCUGUUAUGCUAUCUUAUGUUAGUUCCAGUACUGACUACAACAUUUGUCAGUGCUUCAACGUUGGAUAUAUACAAAAAUGCACGUCUAGGUCACCGCAUUGUACAGACACGAUAUGGGCGUUUACAUGGACUGAUAUUGCCGUUAGACAAUUUUAGGUUUUUGCGGUCGGUUGAAGUGUUUCUUGGUGUGCCAUACGCAACACCGCCCACAAAGCAAAACCGAUUUAGUCCAACACGCGCACCAGCACCCUGGGAUGGCAUACGCAUAUCUGAUAAGUACAGUCCUGUGUGCCCGCAGCGUUUGCCAAACAUACAAAACGAAACGGCUGCUUUGGAAAAGAUGCCAAAAGGGCGCUUGGAAUAUUUAAAAAGACUUUUGCCAUUUUUGGAGAAUCAAUCAGAAGACUGUUUGUACUUGAAUAUAUUCUCGCCAAUCAAUGCAGGCGCUAGCGAAAAAAAAUUACCCGUAAUUGUGUUCAUACACGGCGAGUCCUUCGAAUGGAGCAGCGGUAAUCCUUACGAUGGCAGCGUGUUGGCCAGCUACGGUGAAGUGGUUGUGGUAACGCUUAAUUACCGUUUAGGAAUUCUAGGAUUCCUUAACGCAAAUCCCAAUCCGCAAACGAAUGCACGUGUUGCGAAUUAUGGACUCAUGGACCAAAUAGCCGCCUUAGACUGGAUACAGCAGAAUAUACAAAAAUUCGGUGGCGAUCCAAAGGCAGUGACAUUAGCCGGACAUGGCACAGGUGCAGCAUGCAUUAAUUUUCUGAUGACUUCGACAAUGGUACGCAAUCUGUUUCAGCGAGCCAUUUUAAUGUCCGGCUCAUCGUUCUCAUCGUGGGCGCUUGUGGAAGAUCCAGUAAUGUUUGCUGUUAAAUUGGCAAAAGAAGUUAACUGCUCCAUACCAGAUGACAUUAACAAAAAUCAUGAGCAAAUUGUGGAUUGUUUGCGUGAAGUAACGCUGGAGGAUUUGUAUGCAGCUGACAUACAAGCGCCGAAUUUUUUAACACCGUUUGGUCCAUCGGUUGAUGGCGUCGUUAUCCGACCCGGACAUUCCAAUCUCGAUAUCGAUGAUUUAAUGACGCGCAACUCGAAGCGUUCCUCAGCAGAUGGUUCGAGUGGCAGAAAUAGUGGAAGCGGGAGUGGUGGUGGCGGUUCAAGUGGCAGCAGUUAUUUUAGCGGUGGCGGAGGACAUGGAGAUGGCAAUGGACAAGGCAACAAUGCUCCACUUUAUGAUGUGCUUUUUGGUGUUGUUACGGGCGAAUCAAUUUGGCGAUUUAGCGCGCACGACAUACAAAACGGCUUCGAAGGGGACAGACGGGAUAAAAUAAUUCGUACUUAUGUGCGAAAUGCCUACAAUUAUCAUCUCAAUGAGAUUUUCUAUACGAUUGUGAAUGAAUAUACCGAUUGGGAUCGCACGUCGCAACAUCCAAUAAACACACGAGACACUGCUGUCGCUGCAUUAUCUGAUGCACAAUUUGUGGCACCAAUUAUUCGCACUGGUGACAUACUUGCAGCACAAGCACCGGCGCCUAUGUCUAAUACUCAAAGUCCUUCUACCAAAGAUGGCGACUCGAUAGCCCCACCAACAGGGCGCUGUUACUUUUAUGUGUUCGAUUACCAAACAAAGGACGGUGAUUAUCCACAGCGUAUGGGUACUGUGCAUGGCGAGGACUUACCAUAUUUAUUUGGUGCACCAUUAGUUGAUGGCUUUAGUCAUUUUCCACAAAACUAUACCAAAUCUGAAAUUGCACUCUCUGAAGCCGUUAUAAUAUUCUGGACAAGUUUUGCAAGAAAAGGCAAUCCAAACGAGCAUCACAGACAGGAUUUUCUUCCAGCGUCGAAGGAACGUAGCCGAUUCCGAUCUAUCACAUGGGAUAAUUAUGAUCCCAUGCAUCAAAAAUACAUCGAAAUAGGCAUGAAACCACGCAUUAAAAAUCAUUUUCGAGCACACCAACUUUCAAUUUGGUUACGCCUUAUACCAGAACUCCAUCGCGCUGGCAUGGAGGAUGUGAUUGCGCGGCAUAAUCUAUUCAAAAAUCACGAUGACAUGGAUUUGUAUGAAGGACCUGUCAAACCAGAUCCCUUUUCCUCAACACGUCUGCUGCUUAUCGAUGAUACGCUCAUGAAAAAGGUUCAUCAUACCAACGGCACAACCUACAUGAAUGGCAUCUUAGGCGUGACAACUAUGGAGCCCAACAUGUUCACCACUUGCAUACCCGUCGGUGGGAAUUAUACGGGAGGAGUGUUUGCACCCACCACACUCGCAAAUGCUACAACGGACACAUUGGCAUCUGGUUUUGAGGCGGCAGGCUAUGCUGCUUACUCGACGGCAUUAAGUGUGACCAUUGCCAUAGGUUGCAGUUUGCUAAUACUGAACGUGUUAAUUUUUGCCGGCGUUUAUUAUCAGCGUGAUAAGACACGACUGGAAGUCAAGUCCUUGCAAAAGCAAUAUCAGCAACGUAAUAUGCAUCAGCAAGUGCCAUAUCCGCCCGAUCCCAUCAAACAUGCGCACUAUCACAUGGGACAUUCGCAGAGUGCAAAUGUCAUUGUCGAUGUUGAAAAUCACGGGGAUCAAGGUGCCAUACUGCUAACUGCAAGCGAUGUGAAACCACCGCCACCACAUAUAUGCGCCAAUACUGCUAUGCAACUGACACAAUCAACAAACCCGAAUACCGGCAAUGCUGGAGCAGGUAAUUCGAGUAGCACUGUAAACUUAUGUGGUGGUGGUGGUGGUGGCAUGCAGGGCAAACAAGUUUCCACAGCCAAUGCGGUCAGUGGUGCAGAUGUAGCUACGGGUAUGUUGGGCUCGGGCGGUAUGGGUAGUGUUAUUUACAGUACAUCUACAAAACAACAGCAACAACAACAGCAGCAGCACCACCACCAUCAACAGCAGCAGCAACAACAACAAUCAGCCAAUGCACAACGUGAACAUAUGCAAAUAAAAGGCAUGAGCGGUGUCAUUGGUAACACGCAAACAUUUAAUCGUGCCAACACAGCAAUUGGCAGCUCAGCCAACGUUUCUGUCAGCUAUAAUGCAGGCAUGAUGACAUUGCCAAAGGCAGGCACGCUCCAUCACACCAACUCCAUGAACUACGGCCGUAACCCAGGUGGCGGCGGUGGUGGCGGUGUUAAUAACACCAGUGGUAGCAGCAUAAGUGCAGCUCUAAUCGACAGUCGUGGCAAUAUGCUUUCGUCUAGCAACAUAACAAGCGCAGGUGAUUGCAUGACUCUGCCAAGAAAUCUAUCGAUGUCAUCCCGUCAUAAUCUAUCUUCAGAUGCACAACAGCAACAACAACAAUAUCAGCCACAACAGCAACAAAGUAAACAUCAGCCAAAUGGCAAUAUUAUGACUGGCCUCUCUGGCAUGCAACAUCACAUACGUGCACCACGUCCUCCAGUGCGUACUGCCUCGUCAACUCCAACAGGUUGCAGUGGCGUUGGCAUCCUACUUGAUCAAACACCAUCAAAUGGUAGUAGCAGUAGCGGUGUCAGUAGUGCACCAUCAACUAAAGGACAUUCCCAUCACCAUUCACAUGCACACGCACAUGUGCCGUCAGAGAAUAUUGGCAUGACAACAACAACAUCUGCUAAUGGUGGCAAUGUUGGAGUGGGUAGUGGAAAUGCAGGGGGAAGCAGCAGUGGCAGCGGGGUGCACUUACAGCAGCAAGUGCCACAAGCUGCAAUUGAUGAGAUGCGCGUUUGAUAGGUGCCGGUGUUCGAACUAGAUUUAUAGUCGACUUGUUUAACUGAAGUUCUCCAACUAGCAAAUCCUGCAAAUCCUGCAAAUUAUUGCACGGACCAACAAAAACAACAAUUUGAACAAUUAUACCAUCAAAAACAACAACAUUAUUCCUUUUCAACGCUAGCACUUCCACAGCAACAACAACAGAAACAACAACAACAACAACAAACUAAUGCAUAUAAAAAAUUGCAAAAGUUAAAAAAACUGAAAUUGCGUGAAACUCUGUCAUUAGCCUUGGAAGGUGGUGAUGCAGCACGAGGUUAUUGUUCCUGCGACGAACAGUGGGCAGCAUCCACGCCAUCGCCUAUUACUUCGACGGCACCUACACCAACAAAUUCAUUGACCGACAUAAACCGAAAAACAAACGAAAGAAAAACUUCAGCCAAUGCAAAGCCAACAAACGGAAACAGUUACGAAGUAAAUUUUAACUUUGCUGGUCAAACAGAAACGAACAUAUUAACAACAACAGCAACAACAACACCAACAACAACAACAGCAACAGCAACAGAAGCAAUAAAACCAAGAAAAACACAUAAUAAUAAAAGCAUAGAUACGGCGGCAUUUUGUUUAAACACAUCACCAUUAACCGUCAACCGUAUAACACACAAACUGGCGCCUAGGCUCAAACAACAACAUCACGUGCGUUUUUCUGAUGAGAAAAACUUUUCAGAUUAGUCCCAAGCGAAAUGUGCGCGUUUUGCAAUAAAGAGUUUUGAAUGGAUGAAAUGAAUUAUGACAUUUUCAUGCCGAAACAAUAGAAAGCAGGCAGCAAAGUUGCUUAAUAAAUUGCAAUCUUAAUUAAUUGUAAGAAAAUAAUAAUAAUUUGGA